AUGCAGCCGUGGAGGCGGCAGGGACAGCCACAGCAGCAAGAAGUGGGUGGCCGCUCGGAUGUAGGUGGCGCCAAUUCGGUGGGGGAUACCGGGGAGGUCCCUCCAUCUGUAGUUUCCAAAGAUGAAGGGAGGGGGCUCGAAGAAGAACGACCGGGAGGAGGAAGAGCAGCAGCUGCUGCGGCACUAGGUAGUGGAGCUUGCUUACAGAAGGGACACGCUGGGGGAGCAGCGAUAAGCAUUCCGACUUUUCAGACGCGUACAUGUGAUGAUGACAAUACAAAGCCGCAGCACAGCCCAAUACCAGUCCAGCUGCACCAGCCGAGGCCUCGUGUAGGCCAUACAAUCAGUCCAUUCAACCUGUUGAUUGGGGCCUCGCUGCAGCAGCAACGACCGGAAUCAAAACAGCAGCAGCGAACACUAACGUGCACUCGGGAGCAGCUCGAGCAGAACAGGCAUCAGCACCUACAGGGUACUGGCUACCCUAUCUCGUCACCUCAGGGAAGUGGUAGAGGCGACAACAAGAGCGGCAGCCUCAGCGCCAGCGGUGUGAGCACCAGUAAUGGCGGAGACAGCAAAGGUAGCAACAGCAAGUGCAAUGGAGACAGCAGCAAGUGCGGCAGCAGUAGCAGCAACAACGGCAGCAGCGCUAAUGCGGAUAUGCAUUGGGCUCGCUCGCUGGUCAGGCCGGUAAUUGUUGGUGGCUGCUGUGCUGCCGCAGCAGCAGCAGCAGCAGCAGCCGCACCCAACGAGUUCUUGCACAGAGUCAUUGAAAGGACGAGUGAUGUCAUGGGAGACGCCUUUUUGGGAUUCACUGCAGCAGAAGCAGCAGCAGCUCUACGGCAGAUACCGUUUUCCAUGUUGCAACAGGCAGCGGCAUCAGCAGCAGGACGGCAGCAGCAGCACCACUCGUUCUUGCCCGGUAAUUUCGCGACACCGCUACCCGCAGGGACAGAGAAACGAGGAAUCUCAGCAGCAGCAAUCGUGCUUGAGAGGGACUGGCUGGAGAGGUAUAUAUCUCUUCUGUGUGCUGCUGGCACCAAGGCCUGGCUGUGGUGGCGCUUGCCGCUAUACGCGGCCCCAGGGGGGCCGGGUAUUACUGCUGCUGCAGCUGCGGCCUCUGGUGUAGCGACUCCAGAGAACCGUGUACACCAUGCUGCUGCUUCAGUUUCUGCCGAGAGGCAGUGCUCUGCGGUUGCUGUCUUCGGCGGGCGAACGGCCAGUGGCGCCCUAGCAGACAAUGAACUAUAUCUGCUAGAGGUGACGCCACUGCUGUCUUUAGAUUUGCCUUUGUACAUACUGGGGGAUUUGCUGUCUCUGUCACUUUCUGAGCCCGCUCGAGGAGUUUCUGGAGCCAGUGCGUCUCUAGAUGGUCCAGCUGAAGCAGAAGCGGGGGGAGCACCACGCACUGCUGUCUUUGCUGAAGUGGGGGAACGAGUGUCCUCAACCUGCGCGGGCGGAGCAGACCAGCGAGUCCCGGGGGGGUACUGCAGCGGCGGCAGCAGCACCGGCAGCCUACCGUUGCUGAGAUGGAGCGUGCCGUUGUGUCUCGGUCAGAAACCUUCUCCACGGCUUGGUCAUUCUAUGGUGUAUGCGGAGCCUCACCUGAUCCUAUACGGGGGCAAAGAUGGACGGGGUCGGCUGUUGAAUGACGUUUGGCUGCUGGACAUAUUUGAUUGGCGACCGGUGGCUGGGCCUAUUGCAGCAAGCGAAGCUGCAGGAGUAGGAAGUUCUGGUGAUCGGGGGGGGCUGGACUUCAGUGGUGCUUCCGCGCUCUCGCCUUUAUGCUCUCCACAGGAAUGCAAAGGGACAUUGGAGGCAUGUGGGUCUAGAUCUGUGCAGCAGCAGGAAUUGGAGCAGCCAUCCUCCCAGUACGAGUUGCGAGUGCAGCAGAUAGACGAUUUAUGCAUGGUAGGCGAUCCCCUUGUCAUUUCCACCGUGUUCAUUUGCGCCGGUUCUUCUUUAUUUCUGUUAGGCGGUCUUAAGGUCCGCCUUGGAGCUAUUCCUUUCGAGGUGUUGGCUGCGGAUAUUGUGGAGGUUUGCACUGCAGAUGCGCUGUCGUAUCCCCCGUUCUCUCUCACGACCUUCAGAGCCACCGGAGUGCCUCCUUUCCCCAUGCGCUUAUUUCUGCUGUAUGUGUACUGCUUUUGCCCUCUCUGCUACAGACCGCCGCACCUGCGUUCACAGUUUUUUGUAGCGCUGUUAGUAGGCCACCAGGCGUGGCAGAUCGGUGGACGAGUAUUCUGUUUUGGAGGCCUCGAAAUCAACGAAGAUGAUGCUGGGCCUCUUCGCCCUGUUCCUGUGCACCGCGUGGUCGUUGUCGAUGCGUGCGAGUUGCUUCCGGCUUCGUAUGCGGAGGCGCUCCUGGCAACCCGCUAUGAGACGCGGUUGCAGCUGCAGCGGCGCGCUAGUGGGGUUCCGGCGGCAGUCCCUAAGCGUCCGCUUCUCCCAGCUUCAGAUGAUUCAGUAGAAGUGGGGGACGCCCAUUGCCUCACAGGCAGUUACGGGGGCGGCAGCCACGUGGGACAGAGAAGUGUGGAACGACAACGGCCACCAGGAAGUGGUGUUUUGUACAGCAGCACUGGUGCGAUUCUGCCUCAACGAAUGACGCGUCCAGGCACUGCGCCAAGAAGCUUGCCCACGGAGGCAUCACUAGCAGCAGCGGUACGCGUAGCGGUGACUCCCGUAGCAGCGGAAGGUGGUAACAUCACAGCCUACUCUCCGAGGGAAUGCGCACCUGCUGAUGCGUCUAGAUCAUGCAUUGGCAGCAAGAGGCCAUGCUCCAGGCCUUGGCGGUUUGAUUCCUCUUCACUUUCGAAACAAGAGCAGACGCCAGACGCAACUGCAGGAGCAACGGCUACUGCUGCCCUCCCAGAUGAUGUUGCUGCGGCUGCACACGACAUGAACGCGUGUACAGCAGCUUCCUUCGAGCAACUGCAGGGACAAGGGAGUAGGCAGGAGGGACCUGAAGGAGACCCAGCUGUUCCAGGAGUUAUCCAUUCACCACUCAGUCUUGCUGUUGGGGCUGCUGCCGCUGCGGCUUCGAGUGAGACGUGCCAUCCGCCAGACACGACAGUCUGCACGCCUCGUCGUUAUCGGCGGAUGGCAGCUCUGCAGGCACUGGAGUCUUUUAAGCUGCUUCCCGACACUUUGGGCGGAACUUCCACCUCAGCGCCUGCCGGGGCAUCUUCGGCAACGACACGAGCAACAGAAGCUGCAGUAGCAAUGCCAUCAACAGCGAAAGGUAUUUAA